CCAAACAAAAAAGGAAAAGGCUUGAACCUCAGUCAGUUUUCGCAGAAAUGGCGGUUCCCCAUUGACAGAGAACCCUAAAUUCAAUUCCAAUUCGCCCCUCCAGUUUCAAUUUCCUCCAUUAACAAAAUGCUAAAGCUCCUCUCCUCCUCCUCAUCAUGCCUCCACGCUCGAGCCCACAUUCAGCAGCACCCCCAAAUCAACAUAAUCAAACUCUGUUCCACAAUCUCCAUCUCCGAAAAUCCAAGCUCACUGUCCUUCAAUCUUCCAUUAGUUUCAGACCUCAUAGCAAAGCAACACUGGUCAGAGCUCAAAACCCAUCUCAAAGACUCAACCUUUAUCACAGUUCUUCACCAACUGAUCGAUUCUGGAGCUGACCCAGAGCUCACACUCAGGUACUUCAAUUGGGCCCAGAAGGGUCAAAAUGUUCCACGCAAUAUUGAAAUCACUUGUAGACUAUUACAGUCACUUUCAAAUGCAAAGAAGUACCCAAAGAUGAGAGCUUUCUUAGAUGAGUUUGUUAGAAGGAAUGAGAAGCAUUCAGUUUCUUCAAUUUUUCACAUGCUUUCAAUGUCUAGCAAUCACUUUUGUGCUAAUUCCAUUAUAGUUGAUAUGCUGGUGUUGGCUUAUGUUAAGAAUUCGAAGACCAAUUCGGGUUUUGAGGCGUUUCAGAGAGCUGGUGAUUAUGGGUUUAGGCUGUCAAAACUGUCUUGUAAUGCUUUGUUGAGUGCUUUGGUGAAGGAAAAUGAAAUUGGGUAUGUUGAGUUUGUGUACAAGGAGAUGUUUAGGAGGAGGAUAGAGGCGGAUUUGUAUAGUUUCAAUAUUGUGAUUAAUGGGUUGUGUAAAGUUGGGAAAUUGAACAAGGCAAAGGAUGUUGUGGAUGAUAUGAAGGCUUGGGGGGUUGCACCGAAUGUGGUUACUUAUAAUACUAUCAUUGGCGGGUAUUGCAAAUUGGGUGGGUUGGGGAGAAUGCAUAAGGCUGAUGCCAUAUUAAAGGAGAUGGUGGCGAACAAUAUUUGUCCGAGUGUGAUCACGUUCAAUAUUUUGAUUGAUGGGUUCUGUAAAGAUGAGAAUGUAGCAGCUGCGUUUAAGGUGUUUGAGGAAAUGAGGAGGCAGGGCUUGAAACCUAAUUUGGUUACUUAUAAUUCACUGAUUAAUGGGUUAUGCUGUGAUGGGAAGCUUGAGGAGGCUUGUGGAUUGCGGGACAAAAUGCUUGGAUUGGGUUUGAAGCCAGAGAUAGCAACCUACAAUGCACUUAUAAAUGGGUUUUGCAAGAAGAAGAUGCUGAAGGAAGCUAGAGAGCUGUUUGAUAACAUUUCUGAGCGAGGCUUGGUAACCAAUGUUAUAACAUUUAAUUCACUACUUGAUGCUUAUUGUAAGAAUGAGAUGAAGGAGGAAGCAUAUGAAUUGCAUAACAUGAUGAUAGAGAGAGGGGUUUUACCAAACACGUCAACAUUUAACUGCUUGAUUCAUGGUUCUCUUAGACAGGGAAACAUAGAAACAGCCAGGAAAUUCUUACAACAAAUGGAGGCUGAGGGCUUGAAAGCUGAUUGCAUAACAUAUGAUAUACUGAUAAAUGCAUUAUGUAAAGAUGGGGAGCCAAGAAAGGCAGAAAGACUCCUGAAUGAGAUGUUCACAAAGGGUUUGAGCCCAAGGCACGUGACAUACAAUACUUUGAUGGAUGGCUACUGCAGGGAAGGAAACCUGAAGGCAGCUUUGAACUUGAAGACUCGGAUGGAGAAAGAAGGGAAACGAGCAAAUAUAGCAACAUACAAUGUGCUGAUCAAGGGAUAUUGUAUGCAGGACAAGCUUGUAGAUGCGAAUGUACUUCUAAAUGAAAUGUUGGAGAAAGGUUUGAUCCCAAAUCGAACUACUUAUGAAAUAGUUAAAGUGGAAAUGAUGGACAAAGGUUUUGUUCCUGAUAUAGAUGGACACCUGCAUAAUAUCUCUAGCUCUUAACCAUGGAAAUGAGAAAUUGAAUUGGUUUCUGUCCCACCGUAAUCAAAGUGCUUCUUUGAUAUUAAGGAGGUAUCCUUACCCACAUAUGAAGGCGAUAAGUAUGUGAUGAACGAGAAUAGGAGGAAAAGCAUCUUUAAGAUGAGCAUCUCAACACCACUGAUCAUACCAAAAGAUGCACUCUUGUGCCUUCUCCCACCUCUUCUAGUCUAUUUAUCUUUUGUGGGUGUUGAGGAAUCUUUCAUAUGAUCCUUGUAUACUGUGGCUUUCUAGCUUUGGAAAUUCUUCAAAGGAAGCAAGACCUGGUGCUUGAUAUAGGUAAUGCAACUCAGCUCCUCUCAGCCUAUAACAAGGAUGAUGGUGUUAUAAUAACAACAGGAGUUGAAGUCAUGCCAUUAUUAAGAGAUGUUCUGAAGACUGCUUGUCCUUCUACACAUGUUCGAUUAGACACUCGCUUUCUUCUUCCCUUCAUGAGGUUGAAACAUCUCGGCUUUGUUUGUUUCUUCCCUUUUGGAGCUGCAAUACCUGGUUCAAACAAAUUCCCAUGCCAAAACUGCUGGGAAGAGCGAAGAUGUUUGCAUCACUCAAUUUUAACCUGGGUGGCUGAUAUUAAUUAAAGAGUUCUUAUCUGUAAAUACAUUUCCAGUCAAGCUUAAAGAUCAGAAUCUUCAAAUUUUUAUUUCA